AUGGCUGAGUCAGGCAUUUUCAUAAGACAUUCUAAAGCAGCCAAAAAAAAAGCAGCUCCAAGCAGUCUGCCUCUGGUGCGCACAGGAAUCCCUUCACUUGACCAUAUAUUCCAAGGAGGCUUACCACUCUCUUCAAUUGUUUUAAUCCAAGAAGACUCUCUUAAUUAUCAAUCAUUACAAAUAGCAAGAUGCUUCUUAGGAGAAGGCGUAAUAAAUUCAGAAAAAAUAUUUGUUUAUUCUGAUGCAUAUGAAGAAAACCUGGUCCCUGAUAUCAGAAAAAUAAAGAAGCAAGAGUCAGCUGAGUUAAGAAUUGCGUGGCGAUAUGAGCAUUAUCCACAGACGAGCUCAGUUAAAGAGCCUUAUGCGUUUGAUUUAUUGAAAUCGAUGGGAAAUGAAAAAAUAAACCAAUACACAAUUGAUGUAACAGAACAAGAUUUGUAUAGGAAAUUAUGAAGCCAAAUAUUUAGUGACAUACAAAAUUCGUUAGAAUCAGCUAAUGAUACUGGAAUUAGACGAAUUUUUAUAAAAUCAUUUUUAGGGCCGUCAUGGCCGAAGGCACCUAUAUCAGAAAUUUUUCAGUUUUUGCAGUCUUUGAAGCUAUUGGUGAAAUCUCUGAAUGCAAUAUGCAUGAUUACUUCCCUUACGUCAGGUUUGGAAACUGAAUUAGUGACUUUACUCAACCAAAGCUGUGAUAUUGUCCUUUCAACUGAAAAUUUUGCAAUUUCAGGAGAUUCUUUUGGGGAUUAUUCUGGGUUGUUAAGGAUCAUUAAGUGUCCUAGGAUUCAUUCACUCAAAAAUAUAGAUUUCGACGCUUUGGCAUUUGGAAUUAAAUUGGAUAGAAGGCAUAUAGCGGUAGAAAGCUUGAGCCUUCCUCCUGCAGACUCGCUUGUACCCACAAAGGAGUCUAUGGAGUUUUAA